AUGAAUAAAAAAACAAUAACAAAGAAAACAAUCGUUCGACGACAAACUCUUCAUCAAAAAUUAAAUGAUUUACCACAAUUUACUUCAUUAUUACCUGUGACAACAUGUGUCAUGCAAACAACACGAAAACAAAAUAUGUUUCAUGUACUUAUUCAACAAGCUAAAGAAACAACAUUAUUUACAAUGUCUAUUCCAAAAGAAUCUUCAGAUUCUAAUACACUAUCAUUGAAUUUUGCAUUUAUCCAUGAAUCAAGUAUUGUUACAUUCACAAUUGAUUAUUCUCAUGAAAAGGAUCAUAAUACACCAUUUCAUUGGAUAUUGGAAUAUUUUUUUAUUUUUCUAUUUAGC